CCUCCUCCCUCCUCCUCUUCCUCUCCCUCGCCGCCUCGGUCUCCUCUGUCCUGCUGCGGAGGGGGGAGAGACGAGGGCAGCCCCCCGCGGCCACUCGCCAUGGGCGACAUCCCCAGCCUGGUGAAGAUCAGCGUGUCGCUGCGGAUCCAGCCCAACGACGGGGCCGUGUAUUUCAAGGUGGACGGGCAGCGCUUCGGCCAGAACCGCACCAUCAAGCUGCUCACCGGGGCCAAGUACAAGAUCGACGUAGCCCUCCGGCCCGGCACCGUCCAGGCCACGACGAUGGGCAUUGGGGGUGUCAAUGUGCCACUGGAGGAGAAAUCGAGGGAUGCUCAGGUGGCCUCUUACACGGGGAUCUACGACACAGAAGGGGUGCCCCACACCAAGAGCGGGGAGAGACAGCCCAUCCAGGUCAACAUGCAGUUUAAUGACAUUGGCGUUUUUGAAACAGUCUGGCAAGUCAAAUUCUACAACUACCACAAACGGGAUCACUGCCAAUGGGGAAAUAGUUUUGGCAGUAUCGAGUACGAAUGCAAACCAAAUGAAACACGCAGUCUUAUGUGGAUCAAUAAAGAGACCUUCCACUGAAGAGAAGUGCAACCAAUACUGCUGGACAAACUCCUUAAAAAAAAAAUCUACCUUUAUAAACCAGCAAGAAGCCUUAACAAAGGCAUACUGUAAUGUCACUUUGUUCUGUAAGGUUCCAAUAACUCAGUUGUAUGUACUGGUGGUGCCACUGAAAUCUUUGCCUAUUACUGUAUUUCAAGUUUACCAUGGCAUCUGCAACAUUCUUUACCUAUACCCUGGGAAUACUGUAGGCAUCAUGGUAAAGAAUAUUUUCCUGGGUAGAAAGUCAUCCUAUCAUAAUAGUGUCAUAACUAUCUGGGUUAUGCCCACUAGAUGUAACAACCUUUGUGAAGUGUUUUGCUUUAUUGCUUAGAAUUUGGAUGCGAUAUCUAUCAUGUUGGAAAUUUCCAUAUUUAUAUUUGUUUGCUCCUAAAUCAGUGUGCUCCUUCAGGAAUUUUGUUUCCAUGUCAUCCCAGUGGACAGCAAAAAAGUGCAAAUUAUGGAUGUCUGUAGGUUUAGAUAAAUGGCAGCUACUGCACUGUUGGUAUCAAGGGAUGUCAUAGCAAGGGAUUUGGAAACUCUCCUUUUGUCAAGUGCUGUAAGAUACCCUGGUAUAAAUUUCCUAUUUUGUGAGAUUUGGUAAAUUAGCAUUCUUUGAUGUUAACUUUCCCAGUCUCUGAAAUAGCUUUAGAGAACACUAUAAAACAUGCUAACCUAAAUGGAAAAAAAAAAGCAAUAAAUUAGUUGUGGUAUUAAAGACAUCUAACAACAUGGCUAGUGUCUAUGUCAAGGUUAUAUAGUCUUGAAAGAUAUAGCAGCCAUCCUUAAUUUAGUUCUUACAGUAAGAGUUCUGAUAGUAAUCUCUGGUUUUCUUUUAAUGAAAUAUUGCUCAAAUCAGUGAAAAUACAUAAAUCAACUUUUUUUAAGCCUGACCACUGUAUUAUAUCAAAAUUUACAGGAUUUCCAGCCAACAAAAACUCCUCACUUAUUGUGACUGAAGUGCAGAUUCCAAUGCAUCAUGCUCUUUCACAUAAGGAUAAGCAUGUAAACAAUUGCACAGUUAUGACUAAAGGUGCUACGUAAACACUAGGUCAGUGUUUAACAUAUACAGGCAACAACAACAAAGAAAACAAAUAUAUCUUUUCUUUCAGUAAAUAAACCAGGGAAACAACUAUACUGUCCCAUCCCCUACUUGGGCUGAAGUAAGCUGUCAGUUCUUGCAUAUCUGUUACUCCCUUUGUGAAUAAUUUGUAAAUUGUGUAUGUAAAUGGUAACCAUGACUUUUGAUCUUUGUAAUAAAGGACU